AUGCUGGUUGCGUGUGGCAUGCAGCGGUAUCACCAGGAAGCGCUUAAGAAGAACCGGGUGGCGCUGGCAAAGCAGCUGGUUUUAAAAGAGCUGCUGGAGCAUAUGAUCGAGAAAGACAUCGUCACCACGGAGAUGGUGGAAAUGAUCCAGGCCAAGUCUGGGAGCUUCAGCCAAAAUGUGGAAUUCCUCAAUUUGCUGCCCAAGAGAGGCCCUGAUGCCUUCUCAGCCUUCUGUGAAGCUCUGCGAGAGACCAAACAGCAGCAUCUGGAGGCAAUGAUCUUGAAGACAACAUCCAACCUGAGCCAUGGGAUUGCAAGGAUUGAACGCUGUUAUGAAUCAAGUCUUCCAUUCCCUGCCAGUGAGUCAUGCAAUUCAAAGAGACCACGCUGGAUUGAACCAAUGGAACAUUCCUUGGAUAAUGGAGAUGGUCCCCCAGUUGCUCUGGUGAAGUACUGCACUCCUGAAUUUUAUCGUGAUCAUCAGCACUUGGCAUAUAAACUGAUAUCAGAGCCCCGAGGCUUAGCACUUAUUCUCAGCAACGUCCAUUUCAAUAGCAAGAAGGACUUGGAGUAUCGUGCAGGAGGAGAUGUGGACUGUUCUUCCCUGGAGAUGCUUUUUAAACAUCUUGGGUAUCAAGUGACUGUCUUUCAUGAUCAAACUGCACAGGAGAUGCAGAAUGCACUGGAGAGAUUCUCUAAGCUGCCAGAUCAUCGGGAUGUGGAUUCUUGUGUUGUAGCUUUACUUUCCCACGGUGUGGAGGGUGGGGUUUAUGGCACUGAUGGCAAACUACUAGAGUUGCAGGAGGCUUUCCGGCUCUUUGAUAAUGCAAACUGUCCAGAUCUCCAGAAUAAGCCCAAAAUGUUUUUUAUUCAGGCCUGCCGGGGAGAUGAAACAGACCGGGGAGUGGAUCAAAGAGAUGGGAAAGAAUGGUCAGAUUGCCCAGGCUGUGAGGAAAGUGAUGCAAACAAAGAAGAAAAUCUCAAGCUGCGUCUGCCUACGUGCUCUGAUAUGAUCUGUGGAUAUGCUUGUCUGAAAGGCACUGCAGCCAUGCGAAACACUAAGCGUGGAUCCUGGUAUGUUGAGGCUCUCACCUCGGUGUUUGCAGAGAACUCCCGAGACACCCAUGUGGCUGACAUGUUAGUGAAGGUGAACAGACAAAUCAAACAACGAGAAGGUUAUGCCCCAGGCACAGAAUUUCACCGCUGCAAGGAAAUGUCGGAAUAUUGCAGCACGCUCUGUCGGGAUCUUUACCUGUUUCCUGGCUACCUGCCGGGAAAAUAA